GGGUUGUGUUUUGGACAUGUGCGGAGGACCUGAAGACGCGGUGGCACUGGGCUUUGGGGGCACGUGUGAAGUUAUCACGAACGACUUGAGCUUGAGGGUAUCGCCAGGUUCCUACCUGGACGCGAGCCUGCUUUCUUUUCCGGGUGAUUUUCUCAAAGCCCACUCCGGAAAGCAACCUAAAGUAACCGGGUCGUCACGAGCCCUCCGUACAAGGGUGCUGUGGGGUUUGUCAAGGCGACUUUGGCGGUAGCGGCGAAAGGCGUGGCGCUUAAAUUGCCGCUAUCCUUCCUGGAGCCCUGUGCCGACCGGGGUAGCUGGCUUGUAGAUAGUCCCCCGGUUAUGUGCGUUUUUUUGCGGAGAGCUAAGUACACACAUGCUCACCAUGUGAAGGUCGGAGAAUUUUGGGGCGUGUGGUACACCGAUGGAGGCUGCGGCAAGAGCGGGGGCUCGAGGCUUGUGUUCUGCCCUGAGUAGAGGGUGCUUAUAGGAGGACCUCCGGGCUACCUGACGUUCAAAGAAUGUUGUUUGUCGGUGGCGUUGAUUGAGUGCAGAAUGGUCUAUAUCUGCGUGUUCCACGAAGGGUGCUAAUUUUCGCGCUCCAUGAAACAAGUUCCAAAAAGUAGACUCAAAACCGCCCGCGGUUCAGUCACCACAUGGACUUUUGCGGGUUGAAUGUUGAUGUGGAAGUGCAUCGCAGCUUCGCCUACACAGGUACACCCUGCAGGUAGUUGAGUGUACAGCAGUUCUGAUUCUGCAGGUGCCGAAUGAUACGAUGCAAGAUAGAGUACGAGUGUUCCAUGUACCCGCUGUUGACGUUGGCGGGUAGGUGCACGCCGUGAGCAAGAGGUGUACGAAAACACGGUACUCAUCCUCGACUUCACAUGCAUCGAUGUAGACCAUUUGCGACACCUCCGAUAUUCCGCUCGAAACACCUACAACAUUGCAUUUUUUUUUUUUCAUCACACGUUACACAGACCUUUCAUUUGUCCCCUCCCCGCACGAGUCAACAACCAUUCCGCCGGGCGAUACAAUCAACUGCUCUCGGCCACUGGCCCAAUCCAUCUGGUCGCGCUGCUGCUCGUACUCUGCAACGUCAUCCUCCUGAAAUCCACCAAUGGUCAUGCCCCCGCCCAAACCGCCGACACCAGGCAAAACGUCACCCUCAUCACUGGAUUGAUCGUCGUCGCUCUCUUCUUCAGAUGAUUCCCCCCCACCUCUAUCGAAUAGCAUGACUCUAUCAUCGGCCGCUUCUACGCAGCAAGCGCGUUUACAUUUGCAC